AUGAAGAAAGUGGCAACUGUCAGUGUCACCAACCGAAACCAAUGUCCCAAGACUCCCAACUCAACCGCCAUUUGCCCAACUAUGAUAGGAAAUGAAGAAGCAGCACAAAGCCCCGUUCAGGCUUGCGUUACACGUAACAGGUCCAGGAUGUUGUCUCUGUGUGUUCAGCUUUAUCUAAUAUACAGUGUUCCAGUUUCAUAUUUUAAGGAACCUUCAUAUAACUUAUUUGUCAAGUAA